AUGGUUUCCUCUAGUGUUCUCUUUGUUUAUUUUGUAGAAAUGGCUAGCCGUGCACGACGCCAACAACCCAGGAGUCGCCUCGAUUUUAUGUGGUAUUCUUUUCCUAGGAAUGUUGGGCCUGAGAUUUACGCACGAUGGAAUGCCAAACUUGAUUGGAUGAAGCAGCGAAAAGUCCAUGUUCUUGCAGUUGUUGAUUGGCACUGGAUGGGACAAACCGGGUUAACGGAGGGAAUUGAGCCAUACGUGGAGAAAGCAUUCAAUACCUUUCAUGGGAAGUUUGUUUGUAUGGAGUGGAGACAACUAUUUGAAAUUUAG